AUGCCGGAUGGUACUCGAAUAGAUGGAUCAUCCUUCAAAUGGAACCCACUAGAGGGUGCUCGCUAUCAAGGCGCAGAUCGGGGUGCAUAUACGUGGUUUAAUGUCUGUCCAGGAACCGGUGACAACGCUUUAGAUGACCAGGACCCUUCUAUUGACUCCAACCUACCGGCAUAUUCACGAAAUGGACCAGUAAUAUGGCCUACUCCGCAUAAUUACAUAUCUUACGGCGAUUCCUAUGCUGCUGGAAUUGGGGGACAUUGUGGCUGGAUCAGAGAUGAGUUUGACGAAAGUCUAGAAGGCGAUGAUUGUUGUCGUUGCGAAGAAUCAUAUCCAUUUCAGCUUCAAAGUGCAGGUCCUCAAAUGCAGGGUGCCACUCUCUAUUUCCCAGCGUGUUCUGGUGCGAUCAUCAACGACAUGGAAAACAGUAAUGAGAAUGGGAGAAGGAGCCAAAUGGGUAACGAUCUCCACUUCGCUGACGCAGCAUUAAACUGUCUCUUCUGGUACGAUGAAGGGAAAUGCACCAGCGCAUUAGCGUAUGCGGCCAACAAACUCAACGACGCCAGUUUCCGCUUGGCUUUGGCAGAGGUAUACAGCAAUAUAAUUCUUGAUUCUUAUGGCCAGAGAGCGCCCACUGCUCAGAUGGGGUUUUUGUUGAUUGUUACCGGCUAUAUUUAG